AUGAUCAUGGUGGGCACUGGGGAGUCUGCUUCCUUUCAUAAUGGAGACGCUAUUCCCGCUACUACAUUCGAGGCUUACUCUCAGGGUCUUCAUCUCCCAAGAGAACCGUACCUGCAGAGAGAGAUAUCUAUCGACCGGGAUGAAGAUGAGGACACCGCAACGGUCGAAUUAGCCGCUAUCAUGACUACUACAUCAACACCCGUCACACCCGGGCCUACAAGCCCGCCUCUCGAGCCACCCAAGUCGACCGAUUUCGUACCUCCAACGCGUCCCAGUAGCACUCCAUUUCCCAAUGCUCAGCAGGGCCAAACCAAUAUUCGCUGCUUAACCUGCCAACCAUAUCGCCCCGAAUCCGACGACAGUCUGUUCUCGAGCCCAGUUUCCACUCCGGCUAUCGUCGAACAAAAUCCCGUCUUAACCCUAGCCCAAUUACCAGCCGAGAUCCACGAAUGUAUCCUUGACCACAUAUUCGGAUAUCGGGUUUCUACUACAUCACCAAGUUCUUUCAACAUCCCUAGUAUGAAUGCCCGAGGUUGGAGCACUGCAUUGCGGCAUUCGAGAAGGAAAGAGUUGUCUAACCUAGCCCUUGUCUGUGCCUCAUGGAGGGAUCUGAUUCAGCAACGGCUUUAUCGACAUAUCAAGCUAAAAGCAACAGUACACUGCAGUAAUGAAGUUAUGGAAUUUUUCGUAUGCCAUCCUCACCUUCGAACUUACGUAAAGCAUAUCGAGAUAUGGUUUCCAGUGUUUCAACCCAAAUUUCAAGCCACGAAACCAGGGGAUAUAUCACUCGCCCUUCCCACCGUCUCUCCCGAAGGAAUCGCAUGCGCAACCUAUGCAUUACCAACUGACAACUCCACGCUCGAGGAAGUGUUCUAUCUUGUGAGCAUGCAGUUCCCCGAGGCGCGGGUAAUGACGCUUGAGGGCGGAGAAAGGAAAAAGGCGCCACGGGUGAAAUUCAACUUGGCCGGACCCGCAUGGGUCACCAGAAAUCUACCAGAAAUUCCGUCGAUUCGAACGCUUAUUGUCAAAGGCCAGUGGAACAUUAUUCGGCAGCCCAGGGAUUGGGAAGUCAUCUCCCAGGCGCUACCGAACUUGGAGGAAUGGCACGGGACUUAUGCCAAGCCCAAAUCCAAGAGCUAUCUUAGUAUGGCAAGCACGCUUGAGUGCCUCGAUACAAAAAUUACUAGUCUCAAUCUCUGCCUCGAGUGUGACUAUAAGAGGGAAAUGGCAUGUCCUCCUUACUAUAUGAAAGUUUGUGAGCAGCUUCACUGGUGUGAGAAAUUGGCAAAAGCUACAAGUAAUCUGGAGCACUUCUCUUAUACCGGUCGUGUCUGUUUUGGGUUCUUCAAUAUGCUCUCGGGAUAUUCAAAUCCUCGCACCACGAAACUCAAGACCAUUGAUAUCACCGUCAAGAAUUGUUGCCGGCAGAAUGCUCAGUGGAACGAGUCGGGUUCGGGCAUUACCGACAUGCAUUUUAUUGCGGCUUUCGAGCAGCUCGUAUUAAGUGGGAUCCGGGCCCUAGAGCACUUGAAGUCCGUAGAACUACUACGGAUCCGAUAUGUUGAUAUUGACUCGCCUGUCCCGCCUCUUAACCCCUAUUUCAUGAUUGAGGACGGCUGGUGCUCUGGGGUAUGGAGCGAGGACAUCGUAGCAGAGAUUAAUCGUGUGCGCCCCGAUAUCCGCUUCGAGGAGAUGGUGGACAGCUUCGGAGAGGUAGGCUAUAAUAAGGAUGGUCGAUUGGUUAUUAACCCAGACUUUCCGAAAUCACGGGUUCUCUCCCUUAAAUUAGCCAACUACGCCAUGCUUUCAGGUGGUAUCUCAAUCGUGUGA